AUGCAACAUUGCCAAAUCAACGGCCUGGGGAGGAACGCGAGCGAGCAGCAGGAGGAGUUACCGCUGGGGCUGACCGCGAACCCGGGAGGAAUCAAGGUGUUGGGCAGCCCAGUUGGGUCUGAUGACUUCUGCACGGACCACGUACGGGCGGCGCUGGGGGAGGCGGCAUCACCGCUCCCCCUCAUUUCACAACUGAACCCGCAGCAACGCGCUCCUUAUGGUCUCACGCAGCAUCUCACGGCGGAUCUCGUACAUGCUUCGGACGACCCCGGCUUCUACACUGAGUGCGCGAGAAUGGAGGGAGUGGAUCACGGCGGCACACAUCCUACUGAGGCAGCUGAACCUGCCAACGGACUGCCUCCUGAGCCGGGCGACACAGCUCCUCUCCCACGAGUGGGCCCCACUGCCACCUGA